AUGGCACCGGUGAAGAUCCGAUUGCCGCAUCCAUACCUUACAACCUAUCACUUGGUACCCUCUGACAAGUCGUAUGGGGAUAAUCAGCUGCUUCAGCUGCACAAAGUACAAGAAGACGAAGCACAACCUUUCCCUCAGAACCUACAUAAUGAUGGUCUAUAUCUCGGGAAUCCAGUACCAAUAAGUCGCGAGAAAUUGCCCGCUGAUUCCAACAACAUGGCCUGGGCACGGGCGCGGCGCAGUCCAUCGUAUCAUUGCAGCUGGGAGGGAAGCUCAAUUCCAACGGUCGGACAAAUCUGGUUGUAUCUCUACACGGUAUUCACCUUGCAUGAAGAGAUAGAAACUUUCCGUCUUCAGCUCCAAGGUAACAAUGCUGAAGCUCUGGCGCAUUCUCUUAAGCUCUCAAUGGUUGCUAGCGACCACCCGCAGCCCGUUAGCGAUUCUAUACAGUGGGAAGUCAUCCCUAAUGAGCUACUCGUCUUCCGCAGUGCCUUCUGGCAGGGAUGUGCAUCUCCUUUAGGGUUUCAACCUAUCUGGCUUCCUAGCUGGAACUUAGCUGCAUCAGUCCCACACCUUGACUAUACUGUUACCUCCACUGAAACAUCACACCGUCGACACCCUCGCCGUCAUCCCAAACCGACUCCUGGCUCCGUCGUCUACAGCCGCUACAUACCUUUCUUGGAUGAACACUUUUCGCUUGUUGCAUUGGACUACCAAAACCCCGAGCACCUGAACCUCUUCCACACUUGGCAAAAUGACCCUCGUGUUGCCAAAGGGUGGAAGGAAACAGGUACCUUGGAUGAGCACCGCGAUUACCUGCGCCGACAGUAUGAAGAUCCGCAUACCUUGACAGUGCUGGGUCGCUUCAAUGAUACUUUCUUUUCCUACUAUGAAAUAUUUUGGGCGAAGGAAGAUAAUAUCGGCGCACACUACGCAUCUAAGGACUUUGAUCGCGGGCGCCAUACUCUUGUCGGCAACGAUGCAUUCCGAGGGCCUCAUCGUGUAAUGGCAUGGUGGCCUAGCAUGAUUCAUUAUGUUUUCCUUGAUGACCAUCGCACGGAAAAUGUCAUCGGAGAGCCAAUGGCCAACAACGACAAGGUUCUCGUUUACGAUUACACUUUCGGCCUUCAUCAAGAUCAGAUAAUUGAUUUGCCCCACAAACGGGCCAGCCUUGUGAAGUGUACAAGGGAGCGAUUCUUCCAGAUUUGUCCGUUCAACCAAGGAAGCGCUCACAUUGCAGGCACUGGAUUGGCUUUUAAAUCUCGGAUAUAG